AUGCCUACGACAAAUGCACCACAGUCUCUGGCACAAGUAGACACGAACUACGAAAGCGUAGAGAACACUCCUUUGAACAGCAUCGGUAAUGAGCAAUUAUCUUUAACCGAGUCGGAUGUGGAAUCUCCAACGCGAUCAUUGCCUGUAAAUGAACCAAAGGUCAAAAAUAACCAAAUGACAGACCAUCAAGCACAAUUGAAGAGAUAUCGUUAUCUCUUAGGGCAAACCGAAUUGUUUGCACAUUUUUUGAACCUUAAACCUAAAAAGGACAAUGCUCUUCAAGAAGUAAUGGAAGAGAACGGUCAUAACGAGUCUAAAGAAAGCGGCGCUAGACGUCGUCGUAAGACUGAAAAGGAAGAGGAUGAGGAAAUCUUGAAUGAAGAUUUCAGUGAGGAUGCUGAAGAAACCACUGUUUUCACUGAAUCACCAGCAUUUGUGACUGGAGGUGUUCUCCGAGAUUAUCAAGUUCAGGGAUUGAAUUGGAUGAUUUCUCUAUUUGAGAAUGGCAUCAAUGGUAUCCUGGCAGAUGAGAUGGGACUUGGAAAAACACUUCAAACAAUCUCAUUUUUGGGUUAUCUUAAACAUUUAAGAAACAUCCCUGGUCCCCAUCUUGUGGUUGUGCCAAAAUCAACCUUACAUAAUUGGAAGAGUGAAUUUGCAAAAUGGAUCCCUAGCUUUAAUGCAUUUAUUUUUCACGGUAACAAGGAAACAAGAGCAGAUCUCAUAAAGACAAAGCUUGUACCACUCGAUUUUGAAGUGUGCAUCACGUCGUACGAAGUUUGUUUGUCAGAGAAAUCACAGUUUAAGAAAAUGGCAUGGCAAUAUAUUGUGAUCGACGAAGCCCAUCGUAUCAAGAACGAAAAUUCGAUGCUUUCACAAAUCGUUCGCGAGUUUAAUUCACGUAACAGAAUGUUGAUUACAGGAACACCACUACAGAACAACUUGCAUGAAUUGUGGGCUCUGUUGAAUUUCCUUUUACCAGACGUAUUCAGUUCUUCAGAUGCAUUUGAUCAAUGGUUUGAGAAUCAGGGUACUGAUCAAAAAAAGGUUGUCGAACAACUUCAUAAAGUGCUGAGACCUUUCUUGCUCAGACGCAUCAAGUCCGAUGUGGAGAAAUCCUUACUUCCAAAAAAAGAAAUUAAUAUCUAUGUAAAAAUGAGCCCUAUGCAGCGCAAAUGGUACCAGAAGAUUCUUGAAAAAGAUAUCGAUGCUAUUAAUGGCAAGUAUAAGUCUAUACACACAAUUAAUUCCUGUGUUUUGGGUGGGGGUAAACGUGAAGGAAGAACGAGACUUCAGAAUAUUGUUAUGCAGCUAAGAAAGUGCUGUAAUCACCCCUACCUCUUUGAUGGUGCUGAACCAGGGCCUCCAUUUACUACUGAUAAACAUUUGGUUGAUAAUGCUGGAAAAAUGGUAGUAUUAGACAGACUUUUGACCCGUAUGAAGGCACAGGGAUCUCGUGUUCUUAUCUUCAGUCAAAUGAGCCGUGUGCUGGAUAUCCUUGAGGAUUAUUGCUGGUGGCGCAAUUACAAAUAUUGCCGAAUCGAUGGCCAGACUAGCCACGAAGAUCGAAUAGAUGCAAUUGAUGAAUACAACAAGCCUGACAGCGAGAAAUUCAUCUUCUUGUUGACAACUCGUGCUGGCGGCUUGGGUAUCAAUCUCACCAGUGCCGACAUCGUUAUUAUGUAUGACAGUGAUUGGAACCCACAAGUUGAUCUGCAGGCUAUGGAUCGCGCUCAUCGUAUCGGCCAAACCAAACAGGUUUAUGUUUUCCGUCUAGUGACAGAAAAUGCAAUCGAGGAAAAGGUUUUAGAAAGAGCAGCACAGAAAUUGAGAUUGGACCAACUUGUCAUCCAGCAAGGGCGCAUGCAGCACCAUCAAAAGGCGGCUUCAAAAGAAGAACUGUUGACGAUGAUCCAACAUGGAGCCGAAAGCAUUUUUAAGGAUGAUACGAACAAUACUCAAGAAGAUGACGAUAUUGAAGAUAUUCUGCGUCGAGGAGAAGAAAAGACAGCCGAAUUGACCAAAAAGUAUUCAAAUCUCAACAUUGAUGACCUAAAAAACUUUUCUUCCGAAAGUGCUUACAAAUGGAAUGGUGAAGAUUGGAGUAGCAAACGCAAAGCAGACAACAUUGGACUUUCAUGGUUAGGACCUUCAAAAAGAGAACGUAAGGCCAAUUAUGCGGUUGAUGACUAUUACAAGGAAGCUCUCCGUACCUCUGCGAAAUCUCAAUCUACAAGAGCACCACGAUCAAAACGUUUUGCAGUGGAGGAUUACCAGUUCUUUCCACCUCGUCUAUCAGAACUUAAUGAAAAGGAUACCUUGUACCUUAAAAAAUCUGUAGGAUACAAAGUACCUCCAGUGAGUGAAGGAUUGAGUCCAAAGGAAACCAAGGCAUUAGAAAAAGAACGUGAAGAGGAGCAAAAGUUGAUAGAUCAAGCCCAGCCAUUGACAGCAAAGGAAGAGGAAGAGUGUAAGAAACUUCAUGCCAAGGGAUUUUCUCAAUGGACAAAGAAGGAUUUCUACAAUUUUGUCAAUGCUUCUGCAAAGUAUGGAAGAAAGAAUAUUGAAGCCAUUGCAAAUGAAGUUGAGGGAAAGACUUUGGACGAAGUAAAAAAAUAUUCCAAGGUAUUCUGGUCAAGAUACAAAGAAAUUGCAGACUAUGAGCGCCAUAUUUCCAAGAUCGAGAAGGGUGAAAGCGAAAUGGAGAAGCAACUGGAAAUUCAGAACCAAAUUUCAGAAAAGGUUGCUCUUUAUCGUCAACCUUUACAACAAAUGACCUUCAACUACACCCAGACGACUCGAGGAAAGAGCUACAAUGAGAAUGAAGACAGGUUCUUGAUUGUCAUGUUGGAUAAAUAUGGCUAUGGUACCGAGAAUGUUUAUGAUUACAUCAGGGCAGAAAUUAGACAGGCCCCUCAGUUCCGUUUCGAUUGGUUCUUAAAGUCAAGAACAUCGCAAGAAAUCCAAAGACGUUGCAACACUCUUAUCGGUCUUAUCCAAAAGGAAUUUGCCGAACGUGACGAACAAGCUCGUGAAGAAAAAAAAAAGAACAAGAAAAAGGCAGCAAGUAAGCCAGCUACUACAACCACCACACCUACAGUCACCACCGCCACUACUACUACAGCAACCACAGCAACAACCAAACCUAGACGCCGCUAA